AUGCCCUUUAGCCUGCGAUCCUUCUUGAAACCCGCAUCCUACAACGACAGCGUUUCCUACACCGACAGAGUCCUCGCGCAGAUCUUCUCCUGGUGUACCCUCCUCGGCUACAUCCUCCUCCCCUCAUUCUUUCCACAGCUCAACAGCGUCGACGAAUAUGCAGGAUGCAUAGAGUGCGAAGAAUACUGGGACUGUUCUGAUGUAUCCCGGGUUCAUUUUAUCUCUGUGCCCUAG